CUCUAUGGCUGCUCUAUGGUACAACGCGAGGCGUUGUACUACGCUGUAGCUUCGUUGGCCAUGUGUAAUGAUGUGUGUAUUGUCAUUCGUAUUUAAAUAACGUAGGGACGCAUAUCAAUGUAGUAGCAAUAUUAGCAAUUCGCGCUAGUGUGCUGCGGCGACGUGCUCGUGGCACCUUUACAAAAUUCCGGAAGCUAAGCGGCGAUCAACAGCUGAAGCGAAACCGGCGCCGCCGACGCGCAGGCAAUGGUGCUCCCGAACAACGACUUGCCAGAGCCGGACAACUCGGGUGACGACGGCGGGCUCACCGUGCCCGCUUAUCACAUGAACCAGCAGGGCUCGUCCGAUUCGGAUUCGGAAUUUGGCGACGGAGACAGCGUCGACGGAGGCGGCUACCAGCUGCUCCCUCAAGACCCGGACCAGGCGAGCGACACGGAGGAACCUGAUGAAUGCGAGAGUUCUCCAGGGUUUAUGGCUCUACCCGAGGCCCCCAGCGAGUGGCGACCUACAGAGGAGAUGCUGCGGCCUGCCGAACCGCGGCCUGUGGAGCCUUUAGGACAAGCACAAAUUCAAGCGAUCCAGGCAGCUAUGGCAGGGUUUGAACUGCCCAGCUCUCACGUGCCUCCCUGGGCCAAGGAUGUGCCCGAAGAAGAGUGGAAGCAGUGCCUCUACCGCAAACUCAAAGGCCUGGCAGUGCAACAGUCAUGACUUGACAGCGUAAAAUGAGAACUUUGUCACUAGUCUCCGAAAAUAAACAUAUUGCUCUUCAUAA